AUGAGGCUUCAAAAGACACGCUUUGUUUGCGUGUCUGACACGCACGGCUACGCGCCAUCAGAAGCAGGGUUCAAGCUACCAGCAGGCGAUGUUCUAAUUCAUGCGGGAGAUCUUACAAACCAAGGCAGUCUAAGUGAGUUGCGCAAAACGAUCGAAUGGAUUUCCAAGGCCGACUAUGAGGUCAAGAUAAUUGUCUGCGGCAAUCAUGAUAUCACGUUAGACCCAAGCUUUUAUGCUAAAUACGGAUCGACCUUCCAUAAUCAGCGUCUAGAAAACUCUGAGCAAUGCAUGGAAGUUGUGCGGGCAGGUUCACCCUCGGUAGUAUUUCUUCAGCAUCAGUCAGCACUAGUCCGCUUGACCCGGGCCGACGGCCCCAAGACCAUAUUUAAAGUCUUUGGCUCGCCCUACUCCCAGUUCACGGGGACUUGGGCAUUCGGAUACGAGUCGGCCGACGCUGGUGCGCUCUGGGGGCAGAUUCCAUUGGACGCCGACAUCGUCAUCACGCACACGCCGCCUCAUUCUCACUGUGACAGCCUGAGCACUGGCGAGUCCGUCGGGUGCAUUGCCCUGCGUCAGGUAUUGAGCAAGGUGAGACCGCUGCUUGCCGUUUGCGGUCAUGUACAUGAGGCGCGGGGCUAUGAGAGGGUCAAAUGGGCUUCACCAUCGUCAACCAACGCCGGACCGGAACAAACCGAGCAUCAGGUUGUGCGAGAUGUCUUGCCUCCUCGAGAAAGCAAGAAGCAGAACCUAGUUGACCUAACGGGCAAAAAGGGCGAGCGUCUAGACAAUGAUGGUUACUCUGUCCAGGCGAAUCCAAAUUUGCGGACGGCAUCAUUCACACCCUCGCAGAAUGCCCUACUGUUGCCCUCGAUCGCAGCCUCAACAUCCAUCAUGAUGCCCGACAGUCCGCAGCAGAGUCCAAAUGCGCCUUUUUCGCCCUGUUCUAGUUUGAUCGAGGACACUGGCCGUGGCGAAAUCCAUCCACGAAGAAAGGAAACGUGUAUUGCCAACGCCGCUAUCGUUGCAAGCAAAUGGCCGCAUCAAGGAGGCAAAAAGUUCCAUCCUCCAAUUGUAGUUGACCUGGAGCUGCCCAUUUGGUCAGAGCUUGAGUAG